AUGGACGUCUUAACAUUUCUCGUCCUUAUCAUUGGGCUCGUCUACUCCUUAUAUCUCUACUCUCGCUCCGGCAAGCAGGCCUCACAGUCGGGUAUAGUACGCAUACCGCCAGGUCCGAAACCGCUUCCUCUUUUUGGCAACAUCUUCGACCUGACCGCGAAGGAGUUAUGGGUAAAGGCCACCGCCCUCGCGCAGACCUACGGCCCGGUAUACCAGCUAUCAAUAUUACAUCCUUCACUUUCCAUAAGCCAACCUUUAGUGUUCCUUUCAAGUCCAGAAGUAUGCUUUGAUUUGCUGGACAAGAAAGGCGGGAUGUAUUCCGAUAAGCCGAAGUUGGUAAUGGCAGGAGAACUUUGUGGAUGUGACGAUAUGGUCGCGUUCACCGGAUACGGCGCGCAGUCAAGGAGACAAAGAAAACUUAUAGGUCUGGCCUUCUCCAAAGAGAGGAUCCCCGCGUACCAAGGUUUGAUUGAAAGGGAAACGGCUGGUUUCUUGACUGGCUUAGUAUCCGCACACACUUCUUCUGCUUCUACCGCGUCAUCAUCUUCCCAACCUCUUCCUUCUCGCUUUCUCUCGUACAUCCCUUUAAUUCGUCGGUACGCUGGGCAACUCACACUCUCUGUCAUUUAUGGAUAUACUGUUCCAACAUCCUACACACAAAAUGUUCACGACAAGUUUUUGGAUAUGGCUGAAGACUGCGUGGACAUUCUCAGCAACAAGAUUGCGUCAGGAGGAGGAAUAUGGCUAGUGGAUAUCUUUCCCUGGCUAAAAAAGGCUCCAAAGUCUCUCGAAUCCAUUCCGCUCUUCUCUUUCCUCCCUAAAUCUCGAGCAUGGAAGGCGAAAAUGGUUGAAUUUGUGGAAAAACCUUUUGAGUGGGUCAAAGCAGAAAUCGAGAAAGGAACGCAGAAGCCAUCUUUCUGCUCCACGCUUUUGGAAAAUUCCGAUGCCGUCGUUCCCUCUGCAGUAACUAAUGGACACAUGAAAAGGAAAUCCGAUAUUUCCCCCGAAUUACUUUCAUCAUGGGCGUUGGCUUCUUCUGCUGUGGCCAAACCGGUCACGGCAAACGCAAAAGAAUAUGCACAAUUCGAAUUCGACCUCAAAUGGACCGCGAAUAGCAUGUAUUCUGCCUCCGGAGACACAACUGUCACCACUGUAAUGCACUACUUUCUCGCCAUCCUGCAAGACAUGGACACAGGUGGCGAAGUCGUACGCAAAGCGAGGAAGGAGCUCGAUUUGGUUACUGGAUUGGCGGACGACUCCCCUCCAGCAAUCAAACCCCGUCUUCCAAGUUUAUCGGAUCGAUACGUCGACGUUGAUGUCCCAGAUGCAAAGGGAGGCACCAGGAAAGUCAAGAAACCUAGGUUUCCCUAUGUCGAAGCUGUAAUGUCGGAAGUAUGGAGGUGGGGUGUAGUUGUACCGUUAAAUCUUCCGCAUCGGCUGACAGAAGAUGAUGUGUAUACACCUCCUCCUUCACCAUCCAACCCUAAUCCUUCGCCCAUGUUCCUCCGUAAGGGCUCGUUAAUUUUCGGAAAUAUCUGGUCUAUACUUCGCUCCAAGGAAUUGUUCGGAGAUGACGUGGAUGAAUUCAAGCCGGAGAGGUAUCUUCCUUCACCGCACGAAGAAGCCGUUCUAUAUGGGCCCCAUGACGAGGAUGAAUACGAAAUAAUUAGAAAAGAGAGAAAGAAACGCGAUCCGCGUUCUUAUGUGUUUGGGUUUGGUCGUCGGCAGUGUCCCGGACAAAAUUUAGUCGAAAGUAGUGUUUGGUUACUUACGGCCACGCUACUGAGUGCUGUCGAUGUACGCAGGCCGUGUGUCGAGGGCGAGGAUGGAAAAGAGAGCGUGAUCAUAGAGAAAGUAGACUUCAAUAACAGUGUGUUCAGAACCCCGGACCCUUUCGGUGUUGAUAUCAGGCCAAGGUCAGAGAAGGCACUUGAAGUCAUCAUGCUUGCCGGGGAAGGCGAAGAAGCCGAAAGUCUUUAA